AUGUCCUCUCAGCAGAGCGCCAAAGGCUCUCCCAAGGGCUCUUCGCAGGGCCCCACCCCUUGUCCCGCCCCGGCGCCCGACACCUCCUCCAGCAGCUCUGGCUGCUGCGGGAACGGCUGCUGCGGCUCCAGGGGCGACUCCGGCUGCUGCGGAGACUGUGGCUGCGGCGGCUCCAGCUCCGUCGGUUGCUGCUGCUUCCCCAGGAGGCGCCGGCGGCAGGGUAGACGCGGCUGCGGCUGCUGCGGAGGCAGCAACCAGAGCUCCGGAUACUACGGCUCCUCCGGCUGCUGCGGGUGCUGA